AUGGAGAGACCAAAGCCUUAUCACUCUCAAUCCACGAAGUCUACAUCUAAUGACAACAAGGGCAAGGGAAAGAUAGUUUUGGAGCUGAAAGUUCCAACCAAGACAAGGAAUGCUAACCAUAAGGAAACUAAAAAGAAACCCAUUAAUAAUGAAGCUAACACCAAGCACAAAUCUUCUGAUUCUAAAGAAACGAACUUAAAAGAUAACAAAAUCAAAGUAAUUCGUGACGAACAGUUCGACACUGGAUGGUACAUUGAUAGUGGUCGUUCGCGUCAUAUGAUAGGAAGGAAGGAGGAGCUACGAGAGUUCAAGGCACUUAAGGAUAGUGGUAAUGUAAAGUAUGGUAAUAAUUCCUUUGGAAGAAUAAAAGGCUAUGGAAUGAUAAAGAAUGGAUAUUUAUCAAUUUGCAAAGUGCCUUACGUUGAAGGAUUACAACACAACCUUGUUAGUGUCUUGCAAUUGGUUGUGGGGAUUGGAUUGAAGGUGUCAUUUGAUGACGAAGGAUUAGAAAUCAUUGACAAGAAAACCAUUUUUAUUCUUCUGAUAUCACAAGGAAUGCUGAGAUGUAUCCGUUAA